AUGUUUCCACCAUCACAGAAUAACCAUUCCUCAAGAACAUAUCCAAUAUGUCGUAUUUGUCUUAGUAGUGAGGAACCAAAAUCCUUGAUUGCUCCUUGUAAAUGUAAAGCGCAGUGGAGAAGAAAAUUGGUAUCGAAUGGACGACCAAAGGAAUUGGACACUUGUACAAUGUGUAAAUUCCAUUAUGUCGUUAGACUGAAAUCAAAAAUCGGAAGUAUGAUAAUUCGACCAGAAAUUCGAUUUAUUAUAACUUGCAUGUUAAUUUUGAUUAUAUUGUUCCCAAGCGGAUAUAUAAUGAAAUUAAUAAUGUCAUUAACAUCAGAGAUACAUUUACAACGAGAUGUUCAUGGUGAUGAAAUAAAUAAUACAACAACAUCAACCAUAUUAUGGACAUCAUAUCAUUUUCCAUUUUGCACAGCACUAGCAGCUAAUCCGACGAUUUCAAAAGAUUAUUACUCGCUCAUAACUGACCUUUGGUCUAGACUGAUGUGUAUCGAUAUAAUACAACAUCUUCAUUUAGGUUUAUUUUUCCUUGGAUCAACUAGUAACGUUGUUACUGCUUACUACAUAAUGAAUGAACUUUUGAAUUUAUUCCAUUAUAAUAGUGGAAUCGCUAGAGCUGAUGGAAAAAGCAAGGAAAUUAUUUUAUGGGGAAGUUGUGGUGUAGUGAUUCUAUUCUGGUUUCAUUAUAGUUUAUCUGCAUUCCAAGUGACGACGACUCAGGAAUUUUUACACGAGUUGCCGUUAUGGGUGUUGAGAUGGAUUACAAUUAGCAUGGCCGUAUUUGAUUUUGGAUUAAGAAGGAUUUAUUGGCAAUUAAAUAAGGUUAAUCUUGAUGAUGGGGAAGUUAUGUCGAUACAAAAAAUGGAUUUUAAUGAAAUCUAA